GCCUUGAACCUCAUACCCAAAAUUGUCCUCAAAUAAAUCAAAAAUGAAAACACUAAAAAAAACUGAAAUCAAAAGAAGAGCGGAUCAGCACCAGCGUUGAAGAUACUACUCAAGCCACAACCCUAUCCACUACUCAAGAGAACACCAAUAAGAAGAAAUAUAUCCUAACCAAGCAGUCUUUAGUAUCCAACAUUCUUCCUUAUUUCGGCAAAAUGCAGGAAUGAGACAUUUUCAUGAAGAAGUUUUCUACAGAAACUCGGUCCCUCUGGAACAAAAACUUAAAUUUGUGGAUUAAACAUCUCGAAGACAAUCUGGAAGGGAUCAAAAUAGAUCAUGAAAAUAUAGAUUUUUGGACUAAAAAUCCACCUAUUCAUAACUGAAGGCUGUAUUUCAAUGAUUACCAAAUUUUCACGAAGAAAUGGACAACUAAGAUUGUCAAGUUUGCAAAAGCACUUCCUUGCAUGAGCCAGAUCAAGCGGAUUAAGAUUGAUAGCAGUGGUCGCUGACAGUUUGAGAAUCGAGAGGGACCAGCUAUCGAAAAGGUUAUUAACAAUUUAGAUAAGAUAUCUAAUGUGCUUGGUCAUGAGCCUUCACGAAGGCCGGAUCCUACAGAACCUCCAAAGAAACAUAGCGUCUAUUUCAGUGAUAUAAUCAGCGCUAAGAAGUACUAUGGGAUUAUAAAUUUCAAGUUAAUGAUUUUCCCUAAGGUAAUUCAAGAAUCAAAGAUACUCUAUGUUGACUCGAAAUAUAUUCUUGAUAAUGAUUGAGUUCGUGUUUGAAAUAUUGAAGAAGAAGACUUCCCAUUCAUUUGAAAUCUGAAUUUUGGGGACCCAAGGAUUCCAAUUUUCAAGAAUGUCAAAAAAAUCAAACUUUAUAGAGAUGAAUACAACAAUCCAUUGCACAGGAUAAAAAUCAACAAGAUUAUCAGGAAAUAUUAUCCGAAUUUGAAGAACGUUAAACUUGAUGGCGAUUUUGUAGGAAUUUGAAGGAGUGCACCAAAACUUUGAGAUAUUAUGGAAUCCACGAAUACCAAGCUUGUGAGAAGGCAGAGCGAACUUAUCUGGGAGACCCCUAUUUUACUGAAAGCUGAAAAUGCAAUAGUAACAAGAAAAGAGUGAGAGGAUGGAGAAGAAUCCUUUAAACACUGGUAUAAAUGAACAAUCGAAGUAUCUGCUAAAAAUUUUACCAUUUCAGACAAAAAUAUCUACAUUCUAAUAUUCGACAUAAUCUCCAUCGGAAACUGCUCUAAAACAAUCCAAUCACCCUCUCACCUCAAAACCAUAGAAUACCUCCAAACCAUCGAACCAAACUCCCUCUUCUCCAACCUCAACGACUGGCUAAUCCUCUCCACCACCUCCCUCACCUCCAUUUCCCCCACCUACACCUCCUUCUCCGACUGCUGCAUCGAAUCCCUCCCCUCCCCCUUCUCCCCACCCACUCUCCUCCCCUCAAACCUUUCCUUCUACAACUCCUUAUCCCCCUCCAUCCCCUUCUCCAUCACUUGUCCCCCUAUUCCAUCUACCUUCUACAUCUACAAGCUCUUCUUCCACUCUUGCCGCCUUCUUCACCUGCUUGCUCCUUCAGCCAGCCGCUACUGUAUAGAAGUCCUUGAAUGAGCGGGUCCCCGCUCAUUCAAGGAUGUGUUUACAGAAGAGGUUGUGGAGAGGUUCAAGGCGUUUAGAGUGGUGGGAUUGGUGGAGAAAGGAAUGGGGGUGGAGGAAGUGGAGGAGAUGGUGGAGAGAGUGAGUAGGUGGGCGAGGAUGAAGGGGUGAACAGGGGUUGUGUUGAAGGGGUAUGAGGAGCAGGUGUUUGGAGAGGGGUGUGUGAGGGUGCAAGGGUGUAAGAUGGUGAAGCAGGUGGCGAGGAGGGUGAAGGUGCCGAUGGGGGUGAAAGUGGUGAUAGAGUAAUUA